CUGAACAUGACCAAAUUACCCCUCGCCCAUCGAUUAAUGAACCGAUCGUUCUUUUACCGCUAAAAUUCGCUGCUUCUCUCUGUCAUUUCCUUUGUUCGAGACGAAGGCGGGCAUCGAAACGGAUGGAGAAAGAAACCCUAGCUCCUUCUUCUUCCUCGAAUCAUCCCGACCUUCCGCCAGAAGACGCUUGGAUCGAUUCCUAUCGCAGAUUAUCCCCACAAUGGCAAUCAUUCCAGCAAUCUUCUCAGGCUUCAAUCUCGAUUUCAAUAUCUAGGGUCAAUCAGUUUGAUGCAGCGAGGUUGGAUGUUGAAAUGUCGGCUAUGUUGAAAGAACAGUUAGUUAAAGUCUUCUCUUUAAUGAAGCCAGGAUUCUUAUUUCAGUAUGAACCGGAACUUGACGCUUUUCUGGAAUUUCUGAUUUGGAGGUUUUCGAUAUGGGUAGAUAAGCCAACUCCAGGAAACACACUUAUGAAUCUGAGGUAUAGAGAUGAGCGUGCUGCGAGUAUGAGAGGAAAAGAAGUGAGAACGGGGCUAGAAGGACCUGGGCUUACUGUUCCUCAGAAGAUUUGGUACUGCCUUGCCACAGUCGGUGGUCAGUAUAUAUGGGCCCGUUUACAAUCUUUCUCUGCAUUUCGUAGAUGGGGUGAUUCUGAACAGAGGUCAUUUGCACGUCGAGCCUGGGUUUUAAUACAACGUGCGGAGGGCUUCUAUAAAGCUGCAUCCUUUAGUAACCUUCUUAUAUUUCUUUACACGGGAAGGUACCGGAGUCUUAUUGAGAGAGCUCUUAGAGCAAGGCUUGUGUACGGAAGCCCCCAUAUGAACCGAGCUGUUAGUUUUGAAUACAUGAAUCGUCAGUUGGUGUGGAAUGAAUUCUCGGAGAUGUUGCUAUUGCUUCUUCCUCUUCUCAACUCAUCAUUGAUUAGGAAGUUUCUUCUACCUUUCUCGAAAGAUCAAUCUUCUGGUUCUUCCGGUGACGAAACUGCCUGCCCUGUUUGCCAGGCGAAUCCGACUAUUCCAUUUGUUGCUCUCCCUUGCCAACAUAGGUAUUGUUACUACUGCCUCCAGACGCGGUGUGCUGCCACCCCCACAUUCCGGUGCAUACGUUGCAAUGAGGCAGUUAUGGCCAUGCAACGACACGGCUCUAUCGACACUAAAAUUCCCAACAAUUGAUUUUGAAGGAUACACGAAUAGCGUGCAUUUAUACAAUGUAUAAAGUGCCAGGAAAACAGGGGGCGAUACGGUUCUCAGCCAUAGGCAACAUUCAAAUAGUGGUCUUCUCCAGAUUCGUUUUCUCACAGGUUUUGUUUCUCAGUGUACCAUCUCAUUGGAAUCUUCUUGUUGCAGCCACUGAAAAGGCACAAUAUGUGAAAUAGUCCUCACCAUGGCUGAGAGAGGAUAUACCCCCUACAUGUGGGGUAUGGGUUUGUAAUGUUGGGUCCAUCAUCAACGAAAUAGAUGAAUGGGUUUUUAGUGCCUGUUCA